CGGAGGCCGGGUUGCCAGGACACGGAAAUUAUUGAAGAACCUUGCGGAGUAAUAUGAGUCAGAGUAAUCUAGGAUCUACGGGAAGUCCCUCAAGAUAGUUGGAAAAGAAGAAUUUAUAGACUCUCCAUCAAGAUUUUCAUUUACACGGCCGUUAAAUGCAAGGCUACAGUGACGAAACCAUGAAUAAAAAUACAUCUGCUGUCGUACCAUCCAGUCUACCUGAAAAGGAUCCUGCCUUUCAGAUGAUUACAGUUACCAAGGAAACAGGCCUUGGUCUGAAGAUCCUCGGAGGAAUUAACCGGAACGAAGGUCCCUUUGUGUAUGUUCAGGAAGUCAUUCCUGGCGGAGACUGUUACAAGGAUGGACGUUUGAAGCCAGGAGAUCAACUUGUCUCAAUAAACAAGGAAUCUAUGAUUGGUGUAUCAUUUGAAGAAGCGAAAAGCAUAAUUACCAGAGCCAAGUUGAGGUCAGAAUCUGCUUGGGAGAUAGCAUUCAUAAGACAAAAACCUGAUGGCAGUCACCCCGAAAAUCCAUCACGUACGUCCCUUUUGCAAACCUCAGGAGAGUAUGGACCUCAAGCCUCAUCAUUUAGUCUUCUUUCUUCUCCCUCUGAAACACUGAUUCCAAAGACCUCAUCAACCACUCCCAAAACUACAGAGGCUAUUUUGCCUUCUUUUAAGUUAAAAACUGGAUACAAGAAAACAGAACAGGCUUCAAUUACUUCUUUGGACCACAGCCCUUCGGAUAUGUCUAAUACAGAUACCGCCCCUGUCCGGACGGAUCAUUACGGAGCGCAAGGAAGGAAGAUUUCCCUAACUCCCUCCGUUCGCCUUAAGGUGGAGAAACUGGAAACGGCCCUAAAUUAUCUUGGCAUUCAGCCCACAAAGGAACAACACCAAGCCCUGAGGCAGCAAGUGCAAGUAGACCCAAAGGGGACAGUGUCUUUUGGAGAUUUUGUCCAGGUUGCCAGAAACUUGUUUUGCUUGCAGUUGGAUGAAGUCAACGUUGGUGCACGUGAAAUUUCCAACCUAUUAGAUUCACAGCUUAUUGCCUGCGACGCCUUCGAGGCAGAUGAAAUGGACCGGCUUAAGCGGGAGAGAAAUGACGCCUUGGAGGAAGUGCGUGCACUUAAGGAGAAGUUAAUUGACUCAGAAAGGCAAAGGAAACAAUUGACGGAAGAACUCCAGAAUGUGAAACGGGAAGCCAAAGCAGUCAUGGAAGAAACGAGAGCCCUGCGCAGUCGGAUUCAUCUGGCCGAGGCCGCGCAGAGACAGGCGCACGGGAUGGAAAUGGACUACGAAGAAGUGAUCCGCCUGCUGGAGGCCGAGAUCACAGAGCUGAAGGCGCAGCUUGCUGAUCGCUCGGACCAAAAUAAAGAAAGUGUUCAGGAGUUAAGAAAGAGAAUCACAGUACUUGACUGCCAAUUGAGGAAAUCCGAAGUGGCUCGAAAAACCUUUGAGGCAUCCACUGAAAAGCUGCUUCAUUUCGUAGAGGCUAUUCAAGAAGUAUUUUCUGAUAAUUGUGCUCCUUUAUCAACUUUAAGCGAAGGACGAGCCCUGCUGGCCCCUCCGACGACGCUCACGCCGCCGGGGAGGAGUGGCCGCCACGUCCCCGCAGCGCUGGCCCUGGAGUCCAAGGAGCUCGUCCAGUCCGUGCGCGCCGCCCUCGACAUGGACUGUCUACCUUACGGCUGGGAGGAAGCUUACACAGCAGAUGGAAUCAAGUACUUCAUCAAUCACGUGACACAGACCACGUCCUGGACCCAUCCCGUGGUGAGCGCGCUGAGCCUGUCCUGCUCCGAGGAGGACGAGGGCUGCUCCAGAGAACUCCCUGACCCCAAGAGCUGACGGCUGGCUCUAGGAAGCUGAGCACGUGGUCGUGCAGCGUCUCGGUCCACACGGAUGGCCCCGGAGCGCCAAGGUCCGAACGAGGAGCAAACGCACACGACGUAUUGAAGGUGUGAAAUGGAGACCCUGGCUUUGGGCUAUUUUCGUGAAACUUUUUGCUGUAACCGUAUAUUUUUACAAGAUCAAUUGCCACUACAGUAGUUCU